AGUGAUCAUAACUCGUGUGUGGGUGUGACUGCAGAAGAGCCGGUGGAUGAGAGGAAGCCCACGUUCCUCCUCCCGUCUGAACCGUCCAGCUCCAAAAUGGUGCUCCGGGGUCAGGUGCUGGAGAUGGAGUGCUUUGCGGAAGGCCUCCCCACUCCUGUAAUCUCCUGGGCCAAAGUGAGCGGCGAGCUCCCGAGCACGCGCGCCUCUUUCCUGCAUCACCAGAAAAUCUUGCGCAUCGUCAACGUGUCGGAGGAAGAUGCGGGCGACUACCGGUGCACCGCCAAGAACCAGCUGGGCUCAGUCCACCACACCAUUCAGAUCACGGUCAAAGCCGCUCCAUACUGGAUCGGCGGCGCUCCCAGAAAUCUCGUCCUGGCCCCAGGAGAGAAUGGGGUGCUCAUGUGCAGGGCCAGCGGCACGCCCAAGCCAAGCAUCCAAUGGGCCAUGAAUGGCGUCCCCAUAGAGAAUGCUCCAAAGGACCCCAGCCGGAAAGUGGAAGACGACACCAUCAUCUUCACUGACGUGCAGAUGGGAUCCAGCGCCGUGUACCAGUGUAACAUCUCCAACCAACACGGCUACCUCCUGGCCAACGCCUUUGUUAACGUCUUGUCCGAGCCGCCCAGAGUGCUGACGCCGGCCAACACAGUCUACCAGGUCAUCAAGAAUCACCGAGCCCUGCUGGAGUGCACUUCCUUCGGCUCACCCAUCCCCAAAAUUACCUGGUUCAAGGAGAGUCGUUUCGGGACGCUAGACGACGAGACGUACAAGGAGCACGACAACGGCACUUUGGAAAUCCGUGUGGCUCAGCCUCGGAAUAGCGGAAAGUACACCUGCGCGGCGCGGAAUUCUCUCGGUAUCUAUGAGAAUCACGUGCACCUGGAAGUCAAAGAACCGACCCGCAUCCUGAAGCAGCCCGAGUACCGAAUGGUGCAACGCGGCAAGUCCGUUGUGUUUGAGUGCAAAGUCAAGCACGACCCUUCGCUCGUUCCCACCAUGACGUGGCUCAAAGAUGACGGGGAGCUGCCCGACGACGAGAGAUUUGUGGUGGACGCCGACAGCCUCACGAUCGCCGACGUGAUGGAGAGCGACGCCGGCGUAUACACGUGCGUCAUGAACACAACGCUGGACCACGAUUCAGCCAGCGCUGAGCUCACCGUCGUUGAGGCCACGCCGACGCCGACCGUUGGCAAUGAGCGACCCGAACCCCCGACCGACCUGGAGCUGACGGACCACAAAAAGAGGAGCGUUCAACUCACCUGGAUUCCAGGCGAUGAGCACAACAGUCCUAUUGAGAAAUUUUUGAUCCAGUAUGAGGACUCGCUUCACCACCACAGAGGUCACUGGCACAACCUCACCGAGGUCGCCGGUACCGAGACCACAGUUCACCUGAAGCUGUCGCCCUAUGUUCACUACACCUUUAGAGUCCUUGCUGUCAAUGCCAUGGGCAGCAGCCGGCCCAGUUUCCCCUCUAAGAUGUAUAAGACCGAGCCUUCAGCUCCAGAUGAGAAUCCAACAGGUGUACAUGGUUUUGGAACAGAACAUGACAAUCUUGUCAUUUCAUGGAAGCCGCUGUCAGGCCUCCAGGCCAACGGGCCGGGACUCCAUUACAGAGUGAUGUGGAGACAGAAGAUGAUGGACACCGAGUGGAUGAUGGCGACCGUAGCCAACAACUCCAAGUUUGUGGUGUCCGGAACGCCCACGUUUGUUCCGUACGAGCUCAAAGUUCAGGCCGUGAAUGACUACGGUGCAGCGCCCGAACCCGCCGUUGCCUUCGGCCACUCUGGAGAGGAUCUGCCGGCCGCCGCUCCACAAUCUGUGCAGGCGUACGUGUUAAACAGCACCCUGGCCGAAAUCCACUGGGAACCCGUGCCUCAAGAACAAAUACGUGGAUACCUCAAAGGGUACAAGGUGUAUUACUGGCGAGAGCGCAGUCUGCACAAACAUAACCCCCAUCACGCGGAGAAGCAGAUCCUCACCUUCAGCGGCAACCACAGCAAAGGAAAGCUGCCUGGCCUACACCCCUUCAGUCUCUACUCAUUCAAUGUCAGGGUGUACAACGGCAAGGGAGACGGUCCCCCGAGUCGCAACCAACAGUUUGAGACCCCCGAAGGAGUGCCGGGAGCUCCUUCCUCCUUGACGGUCACCAACCCCAAUUUGGACUCUUUAAGCCUUGAGUGGAACCCUCCUCGUGACCGGAACGGACUCCUUACGGGAUACACCCUGAAAUACCACCCAGUCAAUAACUCCAAUGAGCUGGGCCCAGAGGAGGAGCUGGCCCUGGCCGCCAAUGAGACCUCAGUCACUUUGCUCAACCUCAAGUACAGCACGCGCUACAAGUUUUAUUUGAAUGCCAUAACGCGCAAGGGGGCCGGCCCGGCCGUUACGCAGGAGGCGAUCACCGUCGUGGAUGAAGCGCCAGCGGCCAGUCCUUUUGGCAGCGUUAACUCCUCCAGGGGAGAGGACGGCACCCUGAUCACUUGGGAGUACUGGGGCCCGGAGAGAAACAUUUAUUUAGAAUACAUAGUGGAGAACAGUGAAGGUGAAGACGAGUGGCGCAAAGAGCUGGUGAACAGCUCUCAGAACUUUAUGCUCAGGGGCCUGAAGGAGGGCCUCUCCUAUAGGGUGCGCUUGGUGGCCCAAGGUCACGCCGACCAAGAGCCCCACCGCUCCAAGGAGCUCACGGUGACGGUGCCAGCUGUGGCGAGUCGACAGGUGGACAUCGCCACGCAAGGUUGGUUCAUCGGCCUCAUGUGUGCCAUCGCCCUCCUCAUCCUCAUCCUCCUCAUCAUCUGCUUCAUCCAGAGGAACAAAGGAGGCAAAUAUCCAGUCAAAGAGAAGGAGGACGCUCACACAGACCCGGAGUUCCAGCCCAUGAAAGACGAAGAUUGCACUUUUGGGGAAUACAGCGACAAUGAGGACCAUAAACCGUUAAAAGGGAGCCGCACGCCAUCGAGCGGCACGGUUAAGCGGGACGGCAGUGACGACAGUUUAGUAGACUACGGGGAAGGAGGAGACGGCCAGUUCAACGAGGACGGCUCGUUUAUCGGCCAGUAUAGCGGAAAGAGCGCCUGCCGCGACACCGCCGAGGGCCACGAGAGCUCCGAAGCGCCAUCCCCGAUUAACGCCAUGAACUCCUUGAACUCCUUCGUGUAGUCUCGCCAUCCUAAGCGGGAAAAAUAACAUGCGUCUUGUCAUCGGGGGAAACCUUCAGAGAGAAGCUCUUAGGAAGGCGAUAACCCAACGCCUUGACCGUGAACAAGACUCUCUUUGGACUCCAUAGACGUUUUCACCAUGACUUUUAUCUUUUUUCACCGCGAUUUUAUCUGACUAUUCAGGACAUCCACUCGAUUUAUAAAUCACCAAGGUGAUCAUUUCAGUUCAGGUCAGCAGGCAGUUGCUUUUCUGCCACCUCAAAUUACCCUGGUGCCUAUCAUUUACUAACAUGAUAAACAUGUCUGUCAGCUUGUAUGUUCAAAGCAUGACUCCCAUGUGUUUCUCUUCCCACGCAGACGCUUGUACAUGAAAUUAAUUGACAUGACUCAAGGCCCGCACCUUCGUAAUAUCUUCAUAGGAACAGUCCUGUGCAUUCGUCAAAGUACACACUUCGAAUUGUGGUUUCAUUGAGCUUCUAUUGGCUUAAUUAGCAUGGCAUCUUCAGGAAUACUCUCUUAAAUCGAAGAGUACACUAAUUCAUGUCAUUUACAAGCCUGUUCUUAUUCAUCCCAAAAAAAUAGGGCAUGGGUUUUUGGGCUGGUUAGCUCACUAGCUAGCUGGCUAGUUAGUCACCCGUUAAGUCAGUCAGUUAGUUAGUGAGUUAGUUGUUCCUUUUUAUAUUCCUUCUUCUUGGCUCAUUAGUUCCUUAUUUGUUCCAGGUGAGUUGGCAAGCAAGUUUGUCAUACAGGCAUUAGCUAGUUAGCAUAAUUACAACAACAAAAAAAAAGACAACCAUUUGACACAAUACUCUUUAGAUUGGUGGUGUCAAUCAAAUGCUAAUCCUCCCGUUUCCUUUUAAAAUUGGUUGGUUGGUGAGCUAACGAGGCUUUAGUUGGACUGUGCGAAAACUAUACAACCAAUUUGUCUUUUUCUAUUCUGUUUGUGAAAUUGUUUAGCUAGCUGAUUAGUUAGCACUCUAGCUACCUAUCUAUACAUAGCAAAACAUGAUACCAUUUUCUAAAAAAAACCUGAAGGAGUGCUCGCAUUGCUAUUACUACACCUGUUUGGCGACCUAUCGACUGAGCUAGCUAGCUAGCUACCAUUUAGUGAGCUAGUUAGUUAGUAGCAAGGACCAGGCAAAAAUAUGUUUCACAAAACUGUGUACAGAAAUGCAAAAGGCACCAGACGAGGUUUGUGGUUAGGUUUUUUUUAAAUUUAUUUUAGCACGCCAGUCCAUUAGUCAGAAAAUUAGCGGGAAAACUUUGAGGUGCUCUGCGGUGGGGGAACCUUUCCAUAAAGAAAUUUGAUUUUCCUUUGUGAUGUUAAUGGAACGGUCCGCCACCAAAUUCAUAAUGUCCAUCUGGCAUCCUUCGUCAACUAGGGAGCAGGCUGCUAACAAAAAAUGGACACAAAUAUGCCUGGAAAAAAAAAAAACUACAAAGCUAGUGGUAACUUGACUUUUCCACAGUACUGUUCAUACAAAACAAGAGCAUUACAAGCAUGCUAUACGAUUGCAGCACUGUACUGUCCAUCCGCCUCAUGACCCGUUGCAUGGCAUGUUAAAUCCUCACCCACCUUCGCUCCAGUGUGCGCCUGAAUGUGACCUUUGCUUUUUGGUGUGCUAGUGCCUUUAUUUCAUACUGAGGGCCGUGCUACAUACAUGACGAAACAUGUUUGGAAAGCAGGUUAGGGCUGUCCUAAGUCCUGUGGCAUGAACUUUUCGAAGACAACCACAACAGAACACUUGGUUCAGUGUGGUUGUUUUUCUUUUGUCACCUUUUUUUAAAUAGAUUUUUUUGCAUAAGCCUGGUAGCACGCAAAAAAAAAAAAACAUAAGCAAAACACAAUAUUUUAAAACAUUUAAACAGGUUUUUUUUGUUCUUGACAGAAGUCAGUGCCCUUAACUUGUUUUUACUCCUGCCAAGGCAGUAUGGUUUUGGUUUUUUGUUGUAUUUUUUUGUCGGGAGAAAAAUAUACAAUCUGGUGCAGAUAAAGGCUUUUUUUUUUUUUUUUAAUGAUACGGAGCACAAUUCCUUAAUUGCUUGUUAAAAUGUGGUCAACAUAGUGGCGGUGAGGGGUGUUUCUGAUCUUGGUGCAACAUACACACAGUGUAGAGAACAAACUUCUCCCCCACCAAGCAAAAAUGCUUUUACGUUUUAUGGGCACUUUUUUUUUUUUAUGCUCACUCCUGCUAGAACACAAACAGUCAUUAAAAAAAAUGUGGAAAAAAGAAGAUUUAAGUUUUUCCUCGGAAGAGAUCAGCAGUCUGCGGUGAUUGACUUGAUUGUUUUAAGCUACAGCACAUUUUUUGAUGUUCACUAGACCACAUUAAAAAUUAAAUCACAUCACGUUCAGGUCAUCGGAAUGUACGCAGCAUCCAUUUCUCCACGAUCAUCACACUAAUAUGUUGACUUGUACUAAUGACGCUUCUUGAGAGCCUUUAUACGGGAUCAAGGUUUCUUUUUUUUCUUAACUUGCAUCAAGUUUGACUUUCUUUUUAUUGUGAUGAUGAGGACUUGUAGAAUAUUUUGUUGAAAUGUGUAAAUAUACCCUCACGUGGAUUGUACAGGGCUUGCGAGUGAGGCGACGUUGUGCAUGAUUUCUAAUGUUCAUAGGACUGUAUUAAAUGUAGAGAAUAUAUCUAUAAAUAUACUGGAAUCCUUUUCUUGCUGUGCAUUGUGUACAUACUGUAUGUUUUUCUGUAAUGAACUGGACCGAUAGAAAUUAUAUACGAUUUUUUUUUUUUUUUUUUCCCAGAUAUUGCUUGCCCGGGCUACACUGCCAAAGUUUUGUUUUCAACAAUAUUUCAGCUUGUUUUUGUAUUUAAGGAACAGAUUUGUACUAACCCGAUACUUUUGUUGUUUCAAUGUCAUUUCUUUUUUUGUUUCUUGAUAUGGGAGCUCUAUUGAAUGAAUAAACCAUCAUUUUCCUCCAA